AUGGCAAUCACUAGGACUCAAGCGAAGAAAAUAAAAUUCACCGAUGAGGACGAUGACGAUGUCAUCGAAAUAACCCAACCUGUUCUUGAACCGGUAGUUGUCAUAUCAUCAUCAUCAGCUGAAGAGGAAGAAGAAUCCGAAUCAGACGAUGAAGCUCCAGAAGAAGAAAGCACAUCAAAAAGUAAACAAGCCAUUCUUGAUACUGAAAAACAAAAACGUGAACAAUUGGUAAAAGAAAAAGCUGCACAACGUGAGAAAAGACGUGAAUUGGAUUCACGUUACGCCGCUCAACAACAACAACGAAAGGCUGAACAAGAAGAAAAGGAAAGACAACAACAACAGGAACAACAGAAAGAUCAAGAAAUACCCGACUAUUUACCUGAUGACAUACUUGAAGACAUAACUAGUGGAAUACUGCAACAAAACCAAGAAGAAUCAAACACGGUCAAGAAAGGAAAACAUAUUCGAUUAGAUCUUGAAGAAGAUAAGAAAUUGAAAUUAAUUACCAAAUUAAAAGAAAUCAAACAAAGGAAAUCCAUGGCGAUUGAAAAGGCAAAAGGGGUAUUUGUUAAAGUUCAACUGAAUCAAAAUAAAGUUGGAAAAGUUGUUCCUAAAGCUGAAAAGAAAAUUGUUGGAAGUAGAGAUAAAUGGUUGAAACGAAAAUCAUUGAAUAGAAAGUAG